GCUGGACUGUGGCCAUGUGGAAUGUUUUGGGUUGUGCUUUUGCCUUUGCAUGCUGAAAGACUUCCUGUGUUACCUUAGUAGUACGUUUCAUGUGCAAGGUUCCUGUCUGUGAUCUCUUGCUGCUGGGGAAGUCAUGAGCUACCUGUGGGGGUGUGAAAUGCACGAGCUGACCAUCCGUACUACCGUCGUCUUGAAUGCCUCCAACCAGCAGUGUUUGCUGCCAGACAGACACCUUGAGAAGACAGAGGACAUGGUUAAGUUCAUGAAGGAUAUCUUGGAUGGUGCUGCUGAAGCACAGGCUGGUGAUGAUGGACUUCUGCAACGAAGCAAGAGAGUCAUCUAUGAGGCCAAGGCUGCUGUAAUGGUAGAGUUCAUUGCUUAUUCAGUGAGGUGAUGCUCUUGUCAGUCAAGAAGGACUUAGUUGCAGAGGCUUUAGAAAUGCUUUGAUGUAAGCUUGUUGCCAUGCUGUGCCUAGUGUAUCUAUUGUCACUAUUUAGAACUAGGCUUAAACCAAAUGAACUUCUUGAAUAAAACAGCCAAUCAUGUCUGCCA